UUUGCUUAGAACACAACACAAUAAAAUGACAACAUUUAGUAAAUUUUUCCACGAAAAUAUACGGCCACGAACUUGUCAAGAUUUAAUACAUUCAACAACAUGUAGGCAGCAUUUAAAAAAGGAUAUAUUGUUAUAUAUUUUAUCAAAUUUUAAAUAUUUUGCACCAGUAUGUUUAUUACCAGCUCUAAUUAAAAUACGCAGCAUUAACAAAAAGAAGCUACAAAAAACGUUGGAGUAUUAUUUGAGUUGCUCAGUUGUGGGCACUUGCAUGGGGUAUACAACCAAUUUUCUAAUAUGCUUGCUAAGAAAUAUCUGUGGUCAGUUCGGUUACUACAGCUUUCUGUUUAUACCCUCAUUUCUGGCGGCCAAUAUACUAUAUUUGGGUCCAGAUCGUGUGAUUAAUUUAUACGAAACUACUAUAUUUCAAUGUGCAUUUGAAACAUUUUUCCUUAUGCGUAAAAAUUUUAUUAGUCGCACGAUCGCCAAUUCCAGAAUUAUUCAAACCGGUUUAUUUAUGACCUGCAGCGCCAUUAUUUUGCAUGCCAAACAAAUGUUUAAUGCUAAAGGAUUUUGGUUAUUAAAUCCCAAUCCCAAAACAAAGCCAAUGGAAAAUAUUGAAGAAUAUUCCAAAUGUGAGUUACAUUCCCGAAGUAACUGUAAACAAUAUCUAUUUGAUGGCAUGCGAAAAUAUUUCAUUUUGGGUCUGUCGUUGGAUAUAAUUAAAAUGCUAAUGAGUGAAGUAAAGCCAAUGUCAAAUCAAUCGAAAUUUAUGGGUAAAUUAAAAAACUUUCGUGUACGCUCAAUGGCUUUAUUUGCAGCUUAUAUUGGAAUUUAUAGAUUCGCUAACUGUUGGUUUAAUAGUAAACAUUAUUGGUCUAAUGUUAGGAAUCAUAUUUUAUCUGCCUUUCUUGCUGGAUCCUGCUAUUAUUUAUAUCCCCAAUCUACACUCUUUUCAUUCGCAUUGGUUCAAGCUAUACGCUCGCUGUGGACAAUUUUUGAAAUGUCAAAUAUUGAUAGUAAAAAUAAAAUGUUGAAGCAACUACUAGCAAUACCUUAUGCCCGAAUUCUAUAUCCUUUUGCUUUGGGUAAUAUGGUGCAUUUAUUGGUAAUGCAACCGAAAUAUAUCAGUCAUUUAGCAGCUACUGUGGCUAAUGGUCUAACUAAUAAUUUCCCUAAACACAUACAAAAUGAAGUAAUUUUAUUACAAAGAAAACUUAAAUUUGAAAGAAAGCACUAAAAAUAUAUUGUUAAGGCUCUUAAUUUAAGAGAAUGUUAAAUGGGAAUAAAAUUUAAAUUAGUUUUUUUAUAAUAAAAACUGGAAAACUUUUUUAAGUGUAAAAAAUAUUUUGGUGGCA